UCAAUCACUCACUUCUUGUCUCGUUCCCCACAUAAUUCCAGCCAUUUCCGUCGUCGAAUAGAAAAGCUCAAAAACGACACCGUUAAGAACCCCAACUUCCGUCAAUCCAUGUGAUGUCCAAGCUUAACUCGCGGCACCAGAAUCUUUUAUCUUAAAUCUCACUAUUCACCGAUCCAACUCGCUAACUCGCUAACUCGCCCCAGCUUGUUUCUCUUAGUUAGACUAGAGGGGGAUUGCUAAGAGAUACCGAUGGCGCUCUCGGCUGCUGAUUUGCCUGCCUUAUACACGUUGCUGGUCAACUCAAUGAGCCAAGACGAGACCAUUCGCAAACCGGCCGAGGCGGCUCUCUCUCAAUCCGAGAGCAGGCCCGGUUUCUGCUCUUGCCUCAUGGAAGUGAUUACAGCGAAAGAUUUAGUAUCUCAAGUGGAUAUUCGAUUAAUGGCCUCUGUAUAUUUCAAAAACAGCAUUAAUCGGUAUUGGAGAAAGAGACGCGAUUCCUCGGGGAUAAGCAACGAAGAGAAACUGCAUUUAAAGCAAAAAUUGCUUUCACACUUAAGAGAAGAGAAUUAUCAGAUAGCUCAAAUGCUGGCAGUCCUCAUUUCCAAAAUUGCUCGUUUCGAUUAUCCCAGGGAAUGGCCAGAGCUGUUUUCUUUUCUAGCACAACAGCUUCAAUCAGCGGAUGGUCUUACCUCACACAGGAUUUUUAUGAUUCUCUUUAGAACUCUGAAGGAAUUAUCCACAAAACGUCUUACUGCAGACCAAAGGAAUUUUUCGGAGAUUUCCUCCCAUUUAUUUGAGUAUUGCUGGCAUCUUUGGCAAAGUGAUAUACAAACAAUAUUACAGGGUUUUUCUACAAUCACUCAGAACUGUAAUUCGAGUGCCGUGGAGCAGCAUCAUGAUGAACUUUAUCUAACAUGUGAAAGAUGGCUGUUUUGUCUCAAGAUAAUAUGUCAAUUAGUCAUUUCAGGGUUUCAAAGUGAUGCAAAAUGUAUUCAGGAGAUAAGACCAGUCAAAGAGGUUUCUCCUGUGCUUUUGAAUGCUGCUCAAUCAUUUCUUCCAUACUAUUCAUCUUUUCAGAAUAGGCACCCUAAAUUUUGGGACUUUAUAAAGAAGGCUUGCUCUAAACUGAUGAAGGUUUUAGUUGCAAUUCAACAAAGGCAUCCUUAUUCAUUUGGUGAUAAAUGUGUUCUUCAACCUGUCCUCAGUUUCUGUUUAAAUAAGAUUACGGAUCCUGAGGCAGAUAUAUUGUCCUUUGCACAAUUCCUGAUUAAAUGUAUGGUACUGGUAAAAAGUGUAUUGGAAUGUAAAGAAUAUAAACCAAGUUUCACUGGACGGGUUAUGGAUGAGAACGGUGCUACACUGGAGAAGAUGAAGAAAAACAAUUCUAAUGCUGUUGCUUCUGUUUUGACUUCCCUUCUGCCUAAUGAACGUGUCGUACUUCUAUGCAACGUAUUAAUAAGGAGGUAUUUUGUUCUGAACUCGAGUGAUUUGGAGGAAUGGUAUGAGAACCCUGAGGCUUUUCAUCUUGAGCAGGAUAUGGUUCAGUGGACAGAGAAACUGAUGCCUUGUGCAGAGGCUUUAUAUAUUGUGUUGUUUGAAAACCACAGUCAACUGCUUGCUCCUAUUGUGGUGUCUAUAUUACAAGAGGCAAUGAAUGGUUGCCCAACUUCGGUGACUGAAAUUACUCCUGGGUUACUCCUCAAAGAUGCUGCCUACAGUGCUGCUGCAUAUGUAUAUUAUGAGCUCUCAAAUUACCUUAGCUUCAAAGAUUGGUUUAAUGGUGCUUUAUCUCUUGAACUUUCUAACGAUCAUCCUAAUAUGCGUAUCAUCCACCGGAAAGUUGCACUAAUAUUAGGCCAAUGGGUUUCUGAGAUUAAGGACGACACAAAAAGACCUGUAUACUGUGCCUUGAUACAGUUGUUACAGGGCAAAGACCUAUCUGUGAGGCUAGCUGCCUGCAGAUCAUUGUGUUUUCAUAUUGAAGAUGCAAACUUUUCAGAGAAGGAUUUUUCUGAUCUACUUCCUGUUUGCUGGGUUUCAUGUUUUAAUUUGGUCAAAGAAGUUCAAGAGUUUGAUUCGAAGGUCCAGGUUUUAAAUUUGAUUUCUGUUCUUCUGGGCCAUGUCAACGAAGUAAUCCCUUAUGCUAACAACUUGAUGCAGUUUUUCCAGACGGUUUGGGAGGAAUCUUCUGGUGAAAGCCUUCUACAGAUACAGCUUCUUAUUGCUUUGCGGAACUUUGUUGGUGCACUUGGAUAUCAGUCACCUAGUUGCUAUGCAAUGCUCCUGCCCAUUCUUCAGAAGGGGAUUGAUAUAAAUGGCCCAGAUGAACUCAAUCUUCUGGAGGAUAGCAUGCUGUUGUGGGAGGCUACACUUUCUCAUGCACCUGCAAUGGUGCCUCAACUCUUAGCAUAUUUCCCAUGUCUCGUGGAAAUACUGGAAAGAAAUUUUGACCAGUUACAGGUUGCUGUUGACAUUACUGAAGGUUAUAUCAUUUUGGGUGGAAGAGAAUUUCUUAGCAUGCAUGCUUCCAGCGUGGCUAAACUUCUAGAUCUCAUUGUUGGAAACGUCAAUGAUAGAGGGUUGCUUUCAACUUUUCCUGUCAUUGACAUUCUUAUACAGUGCUACCCCAUGGAAGUGCCGCCAUUAAUCAGCAGUACUUUACAAAAAUUAGUUGUUAUUUGCUUGAGUGGAGGAGACGAUGGCAAUCCUUCUAAGACAGCUGUUAAGGCAUCCACAACUGCCAUCCUAGCAAGGAUUUUGGUGAUGAAUGCCAACUAUCUUGCACAACUAACAUCAGAACCUUCUCUUUCUUCACUAUUGCAGCAGACUGGUAUGGCUAUUGAAGAUAAUAUUCUUCUUUGUCUGGUUGACAUAUGGCUUGACAAGGUAGACAAUGUAUCUUCACCCCAGAAGAAAAUAUUUGGCCUAGCACUUUCCAUCGCUUUGACAUUAAGGCUGCCUCAAAUUCUGGACAAACUUGAUCAGAUAUUAAGUGUCUGCACCAGUGUAAUUUUGGGAGGGACUGAUGACUUAACUGAGGAAGUGUCAAGUGGCGAUACCAUGAGCUCCAGCAGGAUGCACGGUGAAGGUUCACUUCCCAGUAAGGAGUUAAGGAGAAGACAGAUCAAGCUCUCAGAUCCUAUCAACCAAUUGUCAUUGGAAAACUCGGUGCGAGAAAAUCUUCAAACAUGUGCUGCCAUUCAUGGGGAGUCAUUUAAUUCAGCCAUGAGUAGUGUGCAUCCUGCAGCUUUUGCACAACUGAAGCAGGCACUGAAGAUGCCAUAGGCCUACCCUGAAGUACAUUUUUUUUAUCAAUUGAGCUCCUAUUUUCUGGGCUGUUAUAUUUUACCGAAGACCCAGAAAACUAUUUUGGGUGAGAUUCAUGCUUUUGCUUUUCAUGAAGUGGGUUUGGUGGUUUUUUGUUUUCUUUUACAAUUUUCUGCUAUGGCUGCCUGCGAUGGUGAGUUAUUUAUUGGUUUCUUUCAUAUCGUAAAAUUUGGCCUCAUUUGCUUGCCACAUGGAGCAACAGUUUGAACUCAGUAAAUAGCUUUGCUGAUUCUGUAGUGGCUUCUCUUGGCAAGGGUCAGGGCAUUGAGUUCAUGGGAUGUCUUUUGCGACUUGGAAAUGAGAAUUUUCUAGGGGAAAAAAGGUUGGGAAUAAUUAAAUUAUUGAUACUAUGGCCUCGACGAGUUUGAAGUUCAUUAAGCAUUUUAAAAAAUGUGUUACAGUUGUA